UCCCCAUGCGGGAGGAGGGACGAUCGUGCGUCAGCAAAUCUUCCCGAAUUUGGACCGAAUGUUGUGAAUCCUCGACGCGGGACACCCCUGAUCACGACUUCAGUGGACUAAAACAUUCGUGCAAUCUUCGUGUCCGGUUGGAGUCGUCUCGUACACGUGUUGAAGCUUCUCGGCCUAGCUUAGCUUAGCGUGCUAACAAAGAGACGCGCUAAGCAGAGAUCAAGCGUGAGAGCGGAAAGUGUUGUGAUCGUCGUGUGAAAAUGUGUGCAAGAAGGACAGCUGAGUACGAGGAGGAACUUUGGGGACCAGAAGAGGAGAAAGAGCUACAACGUCAACUACUGGACGCUGUGUUCAAUCUUCAGCCUCAAACUGUGCCACGCAGAGCAGACAUCACUGAAGAUCUUCGUACUGAGCGGCAGGAGCCAGAGCCCCCUCACAUUAAAGAGGAAGUGGAGACCAUUUUGAUUAAGAAAGAGGAGGAAGAAGCGCGCUCCCACAUCAAACAGGAAGAGGAGGAUAUCAUCAAGUUCCCAUUGACUGGUGUCCCUCUGAAGAGUGAAUAUGAAGGUCCAAGUGAGGAGAGCAGAGGGGCGGCGCCUCCAAGCAGCAGCUCAAGUCAACACAUGACAACAGAAGGUGAUGGAGAUCACUGUGGAGGAUCACAAGCAGACAGACUCUUAGCUCCACUAUCAGAUAGUGACGACAUGACGUCACACUCUUCGGACUAUGAUGAUGAUGACCAGACGGAAGGUGAUAUGUCAUGUCACACUGACAACAAACGAUGGAAAUGUUCUCAGUGUGGGAAAACGUUUGCUUAUAAGAGCAUUUUAAAAGAACACCUGAGAACACACACUGGUGAGAAACCUUUUUUGUGCUUAGUUUGCGGUCAAAGAUUCUCUGAAAAGGGAAACUUAAAAAAACACACAAGAAUCCACACUGGUGAGCAACCUUUUUCCUGCACAGUUUGUGGUCAAAGAUUCUCUGAAAAGGGAAACUUAAAAAAACACACAAGAACCCACACUGGUGAGAAACCUUUUUCCUGCACAGUUUGUGGUAAAACAUUUAUUCGGAAGACAGAUUUAAAAAGACACACAAGAACCCACACUGGUGAGAAACCUUUUCCCUGCUCAGUUUGUGGUCAAGGAUUUUCUGAAAAGGGAAACUUAAAAAAACACACAAGAACCCACACUGGUGAGAGACCUUUUUCCUGCUCAGUUUGUGGUCAAAGAUUCUAUGUGAAGGGAAUCUUAAAAAUACACACAAGAACCCACACUGGCGAGAAACCUUUUUCCUGCUCAGUUUGUGGUCAAAGAUUCUCUGUGAAGGGAAGCUUGAAAAUACACACAAGAACCCACACUGGUGAGAAACCUUUUUCCUGCUCAGUUUGUGGUCAAACAUUCUCUGUGAAGGGAAGCCUAAAUAUACACACAAGAACGCACACUGGUGAGAAACCAUUUUCCUGCUCAGUUUGUGGUAAAAGAUUCACUCAGAAGGGAGAUUUAAAAAUACACACACGAACCCACACUGGCGAGAAACCUUUUUCCUGCACAGUUUGUGGUAAAACAUUUUCUCAAAAGACAGAUUUAAAAAGACACACAAGAACCCACACUGGUGAGAAACCUUUUGCCUGCUCAGUUUGUGGUCAAAGAUUCUCUGUAAAGGGAAUCUUAGAAACACACACAAGAACCCACACUGGUGAGAAACCGUUUAGCUUAGCUGUUUAGCUUAGUUUGUAAAACUUUAACGAUGACGUCCUAUUAAAUUCGCCAUUUUUCAGCACAGCAAGCUGUAUUUUUUAUUAUUAUUUCCUGAAAGGUUAUCAUUUUGAAGGUGAGGAGAUUUUCCAUCCAUCUAUUUUCUUCCGCUUUUCCGAGGUCGGGUCGCAGGGGCAGUAGCUUUAGCAGGGAAGCCCAGACUUCCCUCUCCACAGCCACUUCCUCCAGCUCUUCCGAGGGGAUCCCGAGGCGUUCCCAGGCCAGCCCAGAGACAUAGUUUCUCCAGCCUGUCCUGGGGCGUCCCCGGUGUCUCCUCCCGUUGGGACAUGCCCGGAACACCUCACCAGGGAGGCGUCCUGGAGGGAUCUUAAAGAGAUGCCCCGAGCCACCUCAUCUGGCUCCUCUCAAUGCGGAGACAAGCAGCGACUCUACUCUUGAGCCCCUCCCGGAUGACCGAGCUUCUCAAGCUAACUGUAAGGGAGAGCCCGGACACCCUGCGGAGGAAACUCAUUUCGGCCGCUUGUUUCCGGAAUCUUGUUCUUUCGGUCACUGUUGACUGUUGAACUACUGUUGCCUUUUUUGGAUUGCCUGCCUGUGUACCGACCUCUGCCCGUCUAUUAAACUUUUCUUUUUGAAACUGUC